GAAACAAAAUACAAACCAAAAAAACACUUCCAAGACAAGUACUCUAAAGAGAAAAAAACUAGAAAGGUCUAAACUUUUUUCAAGAUUUAGGGUUUUUAUUGUACUUUGGUUAGCUGCAAAAAAUAAAGGGAUUUAUCUGUACUGUGUAAAUUUUUUUCUGCCAUCUUCACAGUUAUUAUAGUUUUCUGGUUCUUGUCUACAGAUUGAGCUCUAAUUCUUUGUCUAAGCUAUUCUUUAGUUAGUAGCACUAAUUCAUUUCUGCUCGACAAAGAGCAAUUUCUAUUGCUCAAAAGUUUUAACUAGGAGAAAAGGGCGAUGGGUUAUACAUGUGAAUUUUGUGGGGAGCAACGGUCCAUUGUCUACUGUCGGUCUGAUGCAGCUUGCUUAUGUUUGUCGUGUGAUCGAAAUGUUCAUUCUGCAAAUGCCCUGUCACAGCGUCAUUCCAGGACUCUUGUAUGUGAAAGAUGUAAUUCUCAACCAGCUAUUUUCAGAUGUGUUGAGGAGAAGGUCUCUCUAUGCCAGAAUUGUGAUUGGAUAGCUCAUGCUAGUUCUAGUUCUAGUACACAUAAGAGAGAAGCACUUAGUUGUUAUACAGGGUGUCCUUCCGCGGCAGAGCUCUCUACUAUUUGGUCAUUUCUUCUAGAUGACCCUUCGGUUGGUGAUUCGACUUGUGAGCAGGGGAUGAAUUCAAUGAGCAUCACUGAUUCUCAAGCAAAGGACAAAUCUCAAGACAUUUCUGCCCCUUUGAUGGGAUCAUCGAUGCCUAGUCUUGAUAACGAGCUACACAAUGUGGAACUUCCUGUUGGAUCCACAGAUUUAACUUGGUCUAAGGUGAGCAAUUCUGGAGCAAAAGGCUCAAAUUUAUUUGAUGAUGAUCCUUUUUAUGAUGAUUUCAAUGUGGAUGAAGUGGACUUGAGUAUUGGAAAUUAUGAAGAGCUAUUUGGUGUUUCUCUUGAUAAUCUGAAUGAAGGCAUUGAUGGCUUAUUUGGGAUGGAGGACUUGUCUGUUGCUGAGUCCAGCUGCCAGGGUGUCAAUGCUGUCAAGGGAUCAGCAGUGGGAAGGGUAAAUGCGGUGCAGCCAACUUGUAGCAAUGCAGCAUCAGCAGAAUCCAUGAUGAGCUGUAAAACAGAACCUCCUACCCUUUGCUUUGCAAGGCAACAGUCGAGCCUCUCGUUUGCAAACCUCACUGGAGAGAACAGCGCUGGAGAUUAUCAAGAUUGUGGAGCCUCCUCAAUGUUUCUCAUGGGAGAGCCACCAUGGGGCCCGCCAUGUCCAGAAAGUUCAAUUCCAUCGACAAGCAGGACCAAUGCUGUAUUGCGCUACAUGGAAAAGAAGAAGACACGCCAAUUUGAGAAGCGAGUUAGAUAUGUUUCUCGCAAAGCAAGAGCAGAUGUGAGAAGGCGUGUGAAGGGACGAUUUGUCAAGGCUGGUGAUGCUUAUGACUAUGAUCCAGUGAGCCAGACCAGAAGCUAUUGAUCAUAAAACAUUUGCCCGUAAAAACAGUCCAUUUUAAUAGGGAAUAUUUGGUUGAGAUUUCAAGCAAAUGGAUGAAAGGAUGCUGUAUUUAUUGUUGCAAUGACAAAGAAUAGGUUUUUUCUCAGGGGAUUACAAUGUUACCCAUGACUAAGCAGAUUUCUCUCCUGCUGCUCCUCUUCAGGUCUAAGCAGAUUUCUCUCCUGCUGCUCCUCUUCAGGUCCAGCUUCAUCAUCUAAAAAAGCGAAAAAAAAAAAAGUGGAUGUGCAUUCUUUGUGUCGACCGAAUUAA